CCCUGUCCCUCAGGGCCCUGCUCGUCGUUCUCCCGGCUCGUGUUCUUUGCGCCCUCAGUCUUCCGCGGAAUCACCCCCACACACCAUUCACACGUUCCCGCCAUCCGGGGCAGGCUACGUGUGGGCGCGCCUGCGCGUUCCUGCGUGGGGCGGGGCGAGACCGCCGCGGCCGCGCCCCUCCACCCAGCCCCACCCCCUUGGGCCCCUGGAGCCGCGGCCCCGGCCGCUGGGCUCCCGGGACCGCCCUCCCCACCCCCUCAAAGUCCCGCCCGGCGCCACUGCUCUCGUCUCGGGCGGGCCACAACCUAGCCUCCCCCGGGGAUUCCACGCAGUCUUCCCGGCCAGCCCAAGGCUAGUCCCGAGGCUCAGAGGCCCCCGUUCCACCAGGGUGAGCGGAUCUUGGGACCCGCGAAGGGGCGGCCGCCGCAGAGGUGCAGCCCCUGGGAACACUACCAGCCGGCAGAGCGAUGCUUCACAACUCCAGCCACAGGGAAGGCACGAUCCACAAGGAUAAGACCUGGAGGGGGCAGGACAGGGAAGGAGCAUGGAUCGGGGCAGGGGGAGCCCUGGCCCCCAAUACCUCCUCCCCAUUUCCCCCUGAGCCUCCAGGGGCCUCGGGCAGCAGCAUCAUCCCUGUCUACUGUGCUCUUCUGGCCACCGUGGUCCUCGGUCUGCUCGCCUACGUGGCCUUCAAGUGCUGGCGCUCUCAUCAACAACGACAGCAGCUGGCCAAAGCUCGGACUGCAGAGCUGGGGGCCCUGGAUCAGAUGCAUGGGGAUGGUAGCGUGUUCCGGGACUCUCCUAGCGGUCUGGAGCCCUGUGCCCCCAGCCAGGGGCCACAUCCUGAGCUUGGCUGCCGGCUUUACCUUCAUCUCCCUCGGCAGCAGCAAGAGGAAGUGGAGUGUCUCCUGGAAGUGUCAGGAGAACCUGACAAGGGAUGGCAGGGCCUGGCGGGCCGCCUGGGCUACCAGGCUGAGGCUGUGGAGACCAUGGCCCGGGCCCAGCUGCCGGCCUACACCCUGCUGAGGGACUGGGCUGUCCAAGAAGGCAGUGGUGCUACCCUCCGGGUGCUAGAGGAUGCCCUGGCUGCCAUGGGCCGGGAAGACGUGGUCCGGGUCCUGGGCCUCCCAGCUGAGGACUGCGCUGUGGUGUGAGCGGCGCCUCCACAGCCCGGCCUCUCAGGGAACCUGCUCUGGGGUUCCGAGCCAUGCCCGUCUCAUGCGCCUUCCCUUCCUGGGCUCCCUGGCAUUGGUGGCCUCAGCCUGCUCUGUUCUGCGGGGACACAUAAGGUCCAGCCACCACUCACCUCCCCUCACCCCACCUUCUUCCAAGACGGGGACCAGGACGUGCACGAGUUGGCAGUAAGGAGGGGGCCUGCCCUAUUCCACCUCCUCUUUACUUUGCCUCGACUGGUUUUUCUACUUUUGUAUU